GUCAGGGGCUCUGGGUGAAUCGAAUCAUUCAUUCAUGUCACUCGGGGAAUACACCAUGUUUUUAUUGGUUGUGGUUUUUGUCAGUGUCUCUUUAAUGUCGGACGUUGGUCUAACAGAGACAUUCGUGCACUCCUCGUAUGUUGCCGCUGUGUAUGAACACAACUUAAUUCUUAACCCGGAGCCCCGUGUCCCCCAGACCCGCUCCGCUGCCCUGCAACACAUGCAGAAAAACUUGGAUAUCUACGAGGAGCAGGCUGCCCGGGCCGCUCAGCAGGGUGCCCAGAUCCUGGUGUUUCCAGAAGAUGGUCUUCAGGGUUUCAACUUCAGCCGGUCGUCCAUCUCUGGCUACCUAGAAACCAUUCCUGACCCCCAGCAGGAGAGCUGGAACCCCUGCACAGAGCACGGCAAAUACAACAACACUGAGGUUCUCCAGCGGUUGAGCUGUAUGGCCCGUCGUUACAACCUCUACAUGGUGGCCAACAUGGCCGACCUGCAGCCCUGCGCCCUGAAGACUGACCCCUCCUCCUCUUGUCCCCCUGAUGGACACUGGCAGUUCAACACCAACGUGGUUUUCAGCUCAGAUGGCCUGCUGGUGGCACGCUACCAUAAAAACAACCUCUACUUUGAGGAGUCCUUUGACACGCCGCCGCAACCUGAGAUGAUAACGUUUGAUACACCUUUUGCUGGGAGGAUUGGUCUUAUCAUCUGUUUUGACAUUCUGUUCCACGAUCCUACAGUUGCCCUGGUGGAGCAGGGUGUGCGUCAGCUGAUCUUUCCCACAGCCUGGAUGAACCAGCUCCCUCUACUGGACUCGAUCCAGUUCCAGCAGGCGUUCAGCUUAGGUGCCAAUGUCACCCUGCUCGCGGCAAACCUUCGUAACGACCAAAUGAUCAUGACAGGAAGUGGCAUCUACACCCCUUUUUCUGCCACCUACCACCACGCCCAGAAAGGGGACCCAGAGGAGGGAAAGCUGCUGGUGGCCAGGGUGCCAGUCUUAGACCCACUGUGGGUGGGGCAGAGCGUGGCCACCGAGGAGGUGGUAGUUAGGGUUGAGUCCACAUCAUCUACAGCUACAGACUCUGAAUUCUGUCACAAAGAGAGUUGUUUGGAUUCACCUCCUACUGAAACUCCUUCUUCAGUUCCACCCUCCUCCUCCACCUUCAUCUCAUCCAUGAUGUACGAUCCAUUUACAUUUGUCCUCUUAAAGGAGACAGAGGGCGAAGUGAACGUGUGUAAUGGCACCUUUUGCUGCCACCUGCAGUACCAGCAGAUUCCACAGGGCGGCAGUAAAGAGCUGUAUGCAUUGGGAGCGUUUGCUGGAACACACACUGUGAAUGGACGCUGCGCCCUGCAGGUGUGUGCACUCGUCCGCUGUGCAGGGUUGGACGUCAGUUCCUGUGGACAGGAAGUGGAAGAGGCUGAGUCUAAAAUGGACUUCCAGUUGGAGGGGAAGUUUGGGACCAGAUCUGUGUACCCAUCAAUUUUGGCCAGCAAGUUUGUCCUGGAGCAGCCAGAGCAUCUUGAAACAGCUGCCGAUGGAAGAGUGACCAUGAAACACUCGAACAUGACGGCUGGGCUGGUCACUGCCUGUCUGUACGGACGAAUGUAUCACCUGGACCAUGAAUGAAAUGCUUUGGAAUUGAUGGGGGUGUCAGGAGAAACAUAUUGAAUACAUUUAAAGGUGCAAUGCGUAAGAUAUGGCCAUAAUUUAACUUUAAAACAUUAAAAAAAAGUCACCAAAAUGAUCAACGGAAUGUAAAGAAAUAAAAAUGUUCACGUUAUGUCAAAGACGUCUAUGUACUGUGUUGCAGAGAUAUCUACUGAAAGGACUGGAAGUCAGGGUACUCGUAAUACCCACGUACACACAGAUUCACCCUGUAAUGAAGAAAAGUGCUAAAGAGUUGCAGGUUUAUGGACAAAGUUGACCAAUAAUGGGAUUUUAGAGUCUUGCAAUACUGAACUUCAUGAAAGUUGUGAUUAAUAACAUACAGCUAUACCAUAAAAUGUAUGACCUGAGUGUUUGGAAGUCCAUACAAUAAAACAAAGGA